AUGACAGAUUUCGAAUGGGCAAUCCAUCUAUGUCGACGUAUGUUAAAAAUCAUUGGCUUGUGGCCGCCAGACAACCGGAACUUGCGACAAAUUGUAAAACUAAAAUUUCAACGGCUGUGCAGUAUCAUAACUUUACUUUUCGUCGUCACGGUACCGAGUUUAAUAUCAUUGAUAAAAGUAUGGGGUAACAUGAUACUAAUGAUAGAUAAUAUGCAAUAUAGUCUACCUCUGUCAAUGACAGUUUUGAAAAUCUGCAUUAUUUGGUACAAACAGGAAGUUUUAACCCCACUAAUUGAUAUGGUUGAAGGAGAUUGGGCGCAGGUAAAGAUUAAAGAGGAGCGGUACGUUAUGCUGAAAUGUGCUAGAAUUGCUCGAGCGAUUGCUGUAUGUGGAAUGUUCAUGGUAUUUAUUGGAAUGAUCAGUCUGUUUGGUUUACCGUGUCUCAAAAUAAGAAAGAGAGAUGCGACUAAUUUAACCGAAUUUGAAAAACAUUUACCGCUACCAACAUACUACCUGCACGAUGUGACCAAGAGUCCACAGUACGAGCUAACGCUACUAGCGCAAACAUUCGUAGCGUCCAUGGGUGCUCUCUCUUACAUUGCGAUCGACAACUUGUUCGGAGUAUUAGCUUUCCACGUAUGCGGUCAGUUAGAAAUUUUACAUUUGCGGUUGAAACAUAUGAAGAAGUAUCCAAACUACGAUGAAGUUUUAAAGUAUAAUGUCCAAGAUCAUACUCGUUUAAUCAGAUCUAUCGAAAUCAUAGAUGAUACCUUCAAUUUAAUGCUACUUGCUUUGGUACUUUACUUUGCUAUACUAUUUUGUCUGCAAGGAUUUCUCAUAGUUAAUGUUAUUAAACAGAAAAACCAAUUAUCAGUUAUGCAGUGGGCUUGGAUUUUCAUAACGACUAUAGCUUUUCUUUUGCACAUGUGUCUUUAUUGUGCUGUUGGUGAAAUUUUAUUGAGGCAGGUAAGUGAAAGAAUAUGA